AACAGAAGAACAAGAAGAAGAAAAGGGAGAAGGAAGAGGAGGAGGAGGAGUUCUCUGGUAAAACGGAAACACAUACACACAGGCAGCCUGCGCGUGCCAGCUGACUCAGUCACGUGACUCCCUGGUCAGGCUGAUCAACAUGGCUGCAGCAGAAGGGAAGGCAGUGUACUGGUUGGGGAAGGACACUCUCAGAGUGUCGGCUGCGCUGUUCACAGAGAACCGGCGUCGUCUUUGUGUGGCUCUGAAGGCCAAAGACACGCUGCAGCCCAAAUCUGUGGUUCUGCUGCAGGGAGGAGAACAGAAACAGAGAUACUGCACCGACACGGACGAGAUUUUCAGACAGGAAUCGUUCUUCCACUGGACGUUCGGAGUGACUGAGGCUGACUGCUAUGGCGCCAUCGACGUCGACUCGGGCAGAUCCAUCCUCUUCGUGCCCAAACUGCCCGAAAGCUAUGCUACCUGGAUGGGAAAGAUCCACCCACCUGAACACUUCAAGGAGAAGUACGCAAUGGAUGAAGUGCACUACACCUGUGAUAUUGCUGAGAUCCUGACCAACAUGAAACCAUCCGUCCUCCUCACGCUGCGAGGCGUGAACACAGACAGUGGCAGUAUCUGUCGUGAAGCGUCCUUUGAAGGAAUCAGCCGCUUCCAAGUGAACAACUCGCUCCUGCAUCCCGUUAUCGUGGAAUGUCGUCUGAUUAAGACAGAUAUGGAGUUGGAGGUUCUGCGCUACACUAACCGCAUUUCCAGUGAAGCUCACAAAGAGAUAAUGAAGUACAUCAAGUCUGGCCACAAAGAAUAUGAAAUGGAAAGUCUGUUUAGGCACUACUGCUACUCGCGUGGAGGGAUGCGUCACACCUCGUACACCUGCAUCUGUGGAAGCGGCACCAACUCGUCCAUUCUGCACUACGGUCACGCUGGAGCUCCUAAUGACAAAACCAUCCAAGAUGGAGACAUGUGUCUGUUCGAUAUGGGUGGAGAAUAUUACUGCUACUCCUCCGACAUCACCUGCUCCUUCCCAGCCAACGGCAAGUUCACUCCAGACCAGAAAGCUAUUUAUGAAGCCGUGCUCAAGUCCUCCCGCGCCGUCAUGGCCGCCAUCAAACCAGGUGUGAAAUGGACCGACAUGCACCGCCUGGCUGACCGGGUUCACCUGGAGGAGCUGGUUAAGAUCGGCAUCCUGCGCGGGAACGUGGAAGACAUGCUGAAGGUCCACCUGGGUUCUGUGUUCAUGCCGCAUGGACUGGGCCAUCUGCUGGGCAUCGACGUGCACGAUGUUGGAGGAUAUCCAGAGGGAGUGGAGCGCGUUGACGAGCCGGGCCUCAGGAGCCUGCGCAUGGGCCGUGUGGUGCAGGAGCGCAUGGUGCUCACCGUCGAGCCCGGCAUCUACUUCAUCCACCACCUGCUGGAUCAGGCACUGGCCUCACCACAGCAGUGCGCCUUCAUCAACGCAGACGUGCUCGCUCGCUUCCGCAACUUCGGAGGGGUGCGUAUCGAGGACGACAUCGCGGUGACGGCGGACGGUGUGGAGCUGCUCACCUGCGUCCCGCGCACCGUGGAAGAGAUCGAGGCCUUCAUGGCAGACAAGAGCGAGAAAUCCUUCAGCUGCCAGAAAGAUUAAACCAUACAGAUCGUUUCCUCGUCUGCUUUUCUCAGUUCCGCUCUCAUUUAUUGAAGGAGUUUGAUUCUAUAAAAGCAGUGCAUGUGUCAGCUUCUCAAUCAUAUUCUCUCUAACUGAGUUACAUUUAGCUCACAAUAACAACUCGUUUUUUUGCAAUUAUUCAUUAAUUUCAGCUGUUUUUAAACUGAUGAAUCACCCGUUAACAUCCGAUGAUGUGUCACUUCCUUUUAUGCAUUCUGGAGACGUUUUCUACUCGAUACAUAAAUUUGCCUGAACAGCAUACUUUUUGCACAUUUCCAUUUUUUUCUGAUGUUUGGGGGGAAAACGAUUCUCUGAUGAUGAAGUGCAAAUUUCUAAACCAGUUUACAUCCUGAAAGUAUUACAUUACCUCCUCAAAAAUAAUGACUUCUUACUAAUCAUUAUUUCACUCUGUAUCAGCUGUUCAGUUAUUGUUCUUGUGCACAUGUAACCUCAGUUAUUGCAUGAAAAAAUAAAUUUCUCCUGCAUCUUCA